GCAGAUGUCAAAAUGUGAUGUGGCAACGGCGAGAUCGCGUAAGAUACUGUAUUAGUUUGUGGCAUACAAAGGCUUUGAUGCUAUGUGCCAACACUGGAUUGAUGACUAGAGUGGUGAGCUUUGAGGAGCUCUUCAAUGAGACAUCUGCAUGGCUUUGCGAUUCUCAAUGAGCCACUCUACAGUUCUGCUCAUAAUCGCCUUCCCCUUUGACUUGGAGUGUUCUAUUUUGGCCUCGAGCCCACACAGUGUGAAAACACGCCGGGAAAUACCGUAUACAGUCUUAGACUCUUCUAGAAUAGACGGAAUAUUGUUGUUCCCGAUCCGGUUUCUUGCCUUACGGACAAGGCAGUCAAGUAUGAGUCACGACAGGGUCAGAAAGUCAACUUCAGCACCUUUGGCUCACAGCCCGACUUGAACUGAACAACUCAACGAUCAUGGCCCCAAAUCUGUUAGUCGCAUCUCGUAUUCUGAUGCAGGACAUUAUAAACAACGCGAACUGUAC